CGCUGGUCCUGGGUGCCAGCCACAGUAGAGAAACGCCAGUCACUGAAGAAGGACACAUCACUUGAACGACAACAGUUGAAUAACUGUAUUGGACUUUGGAUUUGCACCCCCCUCAGGUAAUGGACAGCAGGAUCAGACCGCUUGGCCUGGCCGGGCACACCGCCAACACGCUCGGUGGCUUGCAGGUGCCCCCUUCCCUCCUGCACCCUCCGCCUCUCUUCCUCCGGGCUUGUAACCCCUCGCUAGAGAGGGGCUACCCCCGCACGCCCAAGUGCGCCAGAUGCAGGAACCACGGCGUGGUGUCCGCGCUGAAAGGCCACAAGCGCUUCUGCCGCUGGAGAGACUGCGUGUGUGCAAAGUGCACGCUGAUAGCGGAGAGGCAGCGGGUGAUGGCGGCGCAGGUGGCACUGAGGCGGCAACAGGCUCAGGAGGAGAGCGAGGCCCGGGAGCUCCGGCUCUUGUACCCGGGCUCAGGGGUCGGUGGGGAAACAGGGAUCCCUCAGGGGUCACCCGUUGGCCCCGGGGUGCCAGCGGCUACCAGGAACACUCCAACAGCCUCCAGUUUUGAUGUUUUUGGAGCAGAGAACCAAAACGAUGAUGACAAACUGAACAAGUACAACUUUUAUAACGGAUUGAUGGGUCGGCCCCUCUUCGCACCCCACACCGCGCGGCUGCCCUCCCCAAAUGACAAAAAGGAUCUGUCUCCCAGCAAGGACGAUGACAGCUCAUGUCCAUCCCCGGCGUUUGAUCACACAGGGAGUCCGCAGAGGUCGCUCUCCCCCUCGGAUCCAGAGUCAGGCAGCGAGUCGGAGAAACGCAAGGACUACCCGAGCCUGGACCGGGACCCCACCGAUAUCAUGACCAAGAUCUUCCCCCAUCAGAAACGGGACACCCUGGAGUCUAUGGUGAGAACGUGCAAAGGCGACAUCGUCAGAUCCAUUGAACUGGUGUUGAACUCCAAAGAGAACAAAAUCGACUCCGACCCAAACUCACUCAGGCCUUCUGUUGGAGUGCCCGGGGCGCUUGGUGCUCUGGGGAACAAGUCCGCCUUCUCCCCGCUCCACAUGCCACCGACGGCCGCAGGGGGAGACAGUCUGUAUGGGUUCGGCCCUCGCCUCGGUGUCAGCCCCUUACGACUGGCCUAUUCCACUGCAAACGGUGGCAUGGCAGGUUUCAUGUCGCCAUACAUGACAUCGGGACUGAUGCCAGUGUUUCCACUGCGUCCAGCCUUGGACUCAUAUUCCUUCCCGGGCAUGAUCCGAGACCUUUCCUACCUUCAGAGCAAGGAGACACUAUGCAGCACAGGUCUUUACACUCGACUUAACAGUGAAAAAUGACAAAUGAACGUGAACACAUGAAACUGUCAUUGUAAACUGGCUUUCAGAUUUAGCUUUAAGUCGCCUUGUAGUGCCUCAGGACCCAGCUAAAGUGCAAAUUCAAGUCACUGCAUUCUGAUUUUCCAAAUAUUUCCUUUUUUUUUUUUUUUUACAGUUUUUUUUGUGUCGGCUACUACAUGUUGUAAAUAGUGUUUAUUAUUAAUAAAGCUCUCAAAAGAUGCUCUUGUUUUACAUGUGUUCAUGAUUUUGUGCAGAUACCAAGAUUCUAUCUAUCUAUCUAAAGUCUUACCCCAAAACGUUUUUCCUUGUAAACACACAUUAGGCUUAUAGUCACCCACCUACAUACUCUCAUUAUAACACGUGAUGCAUGUUAGGCUAAAAAAGAGAAAUAAACGUUGGAAUUUAUUGAAAUGUUACAAUGUAGUCAGUGAACAGAACAUUGGAACGUCUAAGUGUUCGAUGUCACAAGAAAGCCAAUGGAUAGAACGCUGCGACGUCACAGUAUUCAGUUGUUACUAUGUAGGUAAGGAAAGGAACAGUUACAGCUCAGGCCCUUAUAAAACAGGUGAGGUCAGUAUUCAGUCAGG